AUGGAGAGCCCCGGAGAACGGAAACUCGCAUCAUGCAUUGCAUAUGCGAUGCGUCUUGCUGACAGAUUGAAAGAAAGCGAGGUGAAACGCCAUCUCGGCGAGACGCUCGCCAUGUUUGUGAAUGGUGCAGAAGUGCAGAUCAAAUCAAGACAGUGUUUCCAGCGAUCUCUUGAUGCCGCAUGUCAGACUCCACAUGAGAUCAUCACAAGGCCACAAUACGAAGCGCUGAUGGAGCAGCUCGCUACAAAAUGUCAGAACAUCCUUCUGGAAAAGGCACAGGCUAUUGAAAUGCUCAUCGCCGAAAAUGAAGAGUUGAAAGGACAGUUAGAAGCACGCACUGCAUCAUCAAUGACUGCAUCGAUGCAUCCGCUUGCGCCAGAUGAUUCGGAUGACAUGUCGGUUACAAGGCUUGAUGAGAGGGAGUAUGGCUUCGCUGAGGGCGGUGAUAAGACACUGCAUGAACCGGGAAGGCUCCAGGAGUCUGCGUCUGCAUUUUCGUCUUCUUGUGCUCCUCAACAUGCAGCUUUCACUGAAACAUUGAAGCAGCUGAAGGAUCAAUGCUGUCGGGACAAGUUGACUGCUAGACAGCACCGCAGACGGGAGAGGAUGGUCCAAGCACAGAGUCAGCCCCAAGGUGGAUUGUAA